AUGGUCAAGUAUACUUCCGCCCUUGCACUUUUUGCGGCUGUCAGCUUGGCGGCUCCUGUUGCGCAACUUACUGGCCGUGCCGAGAAGCAUGGUUCAGUUGAGCACAAAAACCUGAUUGAAGAUAUUCCCAUACUUGGACCUAUGCUUGCAGGGAAGCAGGAAGCCAAGCGUGAUAGUGCUCAGCCCGAGCACCAUAACCUGAUCGACGAGCUUCCGAUAGUUGGCAAGAUUUUUGGCAACCAGAACCAGCGUCGAGAUAUCGGAAGAGAUGGUAUUAGUGGCUUGCCAAUCGUCGGAGGGCUGUUCGGAUCGCACACACACACUGGCGGUAAAAAUGGCUUGACAAAGCGCCGAAGCGUGGGUCAGAAUGGAGGCGAAGACUGGAAGCGUGACCUGGCAAGCAGCCUCAGUAGCCUUCCCAUCAUCGGCGAACUGUUCGGAAAGGAAAACAAGAACCCAUCUCAUAAACAGACCGAAACUCCUGCCAAACACCUCGAUACCAGAGGGGCGGGCCAUGCCAAGGGUGUCUUCGGUAUUCUGCAGUCUUUAACCAGUGGUGGUUCCAUUUCCAAGAGCCACAAGCGUGGCCAGGAGUUCAACCAACUGGAGCCAAUGGGCGAUGUUUUUGAAGGAGCUGUUGCGUCUCGUAUGGAAGCUGAAUCUCCAGCCAUGCCAAUGCGCCGGGAUGAGUCCGCUGCCGCCAAGGCCGACGAUGGUAAGCAAGGUAACCAGAAAGGCAAGGAGAGCAAGACCUCCGGCGGUCUUCUCGCCCAACUGAUGGGCAAGGAAGGCCUCGGUUCCAUUGCAGGCAACUCCCACCACGGUGUUGGCCUCUUCCCAAUGCGCCGUGACACCAACGAGCUUGAGGCCCGGCAAGCCGCUCCAAUCCAGGGUUCAACAUUGACCAGUGUUCUCCUCCAGAGUGGUGCUUUGGGGAAGGUCACCAAUAUGCUUUCUGGAGGUGCUGCUGCCAAGCCUGAUACCAACUCCCCAUCCAAGAUCGGCGACAGCACCACUGCGGGUCCCCCAGACCCUGCGUCUGGUGCUGGACCUCACUCUGGCCCUGGCCUUGCUGCUGAGCAGAGGGGUGCUGGUGCCUUUUCCAUGUAA